CGUGUAGUCCUCUCUUCCAAACCCAAACCCCGAUUUAAAAGAAAAGAGGAUUAAAACCCAACAAGGCUGUGUAGCACGAAGCGCCUCUUCCUCCGGUCCUCCUCACUCCCUCCUUCCCCUAGGAUCCCAAUUCGGCCUCCCGGCGCCCGAAUCCGCAGAGCUCCUCGCCUGAUUCGUCGCCACCGUCGCGGAUUUGCCCCGGCUCGGCCGCGAGGCGGGCCGGAUCGAGGGCUGGAGCAGUGGGCUUGGGGGCAGGGGCAAGCAACCGCCGCUUCCCCACUCUUGCUCUGGGUGAGGCCGGCGAUCUCGACUUCCCGGGGGGCUAGAGUUCUCCCCGCACGAUCUGCUGAUCCGGGGCAUGCAGAGUUCUGGGUACUAGGAUGGGGCUUAAAGGUUCGAAACGAAGCCUGAUGCCAGGAAUGGAAGGUGGCGAGACAAAGGAUUUGGAGAGGGAUACCUCCUUGGAGGUGGACAAAUCUUCCAUCGGCGGUGAUGAGGAUCUCGGCGGAGGGUUCACACUUACUGGGAAGAAAAGGAAGGAUGAGACAGGUCCCACUGGUGAGAAUGGCGGCAACGCAAAGAGGGUGUUGAGGUCAGACUCCAUGGCGCUGCAUGUGGAUGCUGAGACGACGGUUGAAGCCGCUGCAGAUGUCAGCAAGGGUGAUAGUGUGGAGAAGACUGACUGUGAGGCUGUUGCAGAGAAAGAUGGGGGUGAACUGCCCAUAGUUGAUGCUUGUAAUGGUGAUGAGCACAUGGAUGUGGUUGAAGUGAAAGUGGGUGAUGCUACAAAAGUGACAGCUAUUUGUCCUGAGAUUAAUGUGGAAAGUUCUGCUGUUGCUGAAGGGAAUGGCUUAGACAACCAAAGAAACAAUUUGGAAUAUGAUGAUAAAAGAGAUGAGGCAGAUGACAAGAUUUACUCUACAUCUCCGGAGGAGGAGAAUGUGUCUGGACCUGGAACAAGUGGGGGCAGUACAGAUGACUCCCAGGCAAACAAGGGUACCAAUGGGCAUUGCCAGGGGGAGGUCAUAGACCCAUCAGCUACACUAAAUGAUGAUGAGCUGGGCACUGGUUUAAUAAGAAGCAACACUAUCAGCGGACCAGAAUCUGUUCAUCAAGAUGAUACUGUUGUGUGUGCUGAGGGAGUGGUUCUCCGUAGUGGUUGUCAGGGAGUUGAGAAGUCUUGUCAUAUUGAUGGUGUACACGAAGAAACUAAUCCUUCUCUAAAUGAGAAUGGAAAAUGCACGAUAGAUAACCACAUCGAGCUAACUGGUUGCACUAAGCAGAAGGAGGGCAUAGACAGCCCGGUGGAUGAAACCAAGGGGGUUUCAACUCCUGACAUUGUAUUUAUGAGGAGAAAGUCAUUAACUAGAAAUACAUGUGAACCAAAGCAGGUCAAACGUGAAGAGGAUGUUCAGUUUGUGAGAAGAGUUACAAGGUCAGCUACAGUUAGACAGAGAGAAAUUUCUGGAAGCACAUCCAGAAGUAGUGCAAAUGGGACCAUGGAAAGCAAAGGGAAAAAGGAAGACGUUCUUCAUCAUUAUACAAGGAAAGCGAGCAAUGCUGCAUCCUUAAAAGCUGAUGGCACCAAACUGGCCAAACGUGGCACUGACACAAAGAAGCACACAUUAAAUGGGAAGGCUACUGCUCAAAGAAACUCAGGUGUCACUGGCAAUGACGACCCUGCAAAUAUCACUGAAAACAAGGCAUCAGAAACAGAGACAAAGAUAAAUUUGAAGUCCCAGCAGCCCAUGAGAAGUGACAGCAUUGUCAAGAAAACAACAAAAGAUGCAGUUUCUGUGGUGGAUCAGAACGUCUGUAGUUCAGCCAUCACUGAAAAGAAUGAUACAGAGCUUACAGAUUCUGAAGGAGUUAGAUCUGAAAACAAGACUGCCGUUCGUAAAUCAGUAUUGUCAGUUGGUGCUAAGAUUGUUGCCAGUAAGAAGAGGAUAUUGGAAUCAGGUCUUGAUAAAAUUAGUGGAGAAUCACCAGUUGAGACGUCAUCCAUGAAAAAGACAAGAAAUACAUCUUUUCAUACCGAGGAAGAGCAAUCAAAGAAGUCUUCUGGAAAGAAGCUUAUGGGGAAGAACUGUGGUUCAGAUACGAAACGUACUUUAACAACGCGAGGGCAUCACAGUCAAGCAGCUGAGUCGAGCAGAUCUGUUAACCGCUCUAACAAAAGAGGCUGUAAGCUUUCAUAUAAGGAAUCUGAUGAUGAUGGAACUGAUAUUGACACUCCCUACAAGAGAAAUUGCAGAGGGCGGAGAGAAGGUGGUGUUCGUGCUGUCCAGAAAAAAGAGGAUUCCAGUGAACCUGAUGAACUCAUUGUCGUGAAGAAAGAACGGCAAAAGAGGAAAGAUUCCAUGCAGAAACAAAGGUCCAGAUCUAUAUCAAGCCAUUCUCCUGGUUCUCCCAAAGCAAGUUAUUCCAAAGGCAAUAGAAAGGCUGAAAAUGACUCCGGUGCAAAACCUACGAGCACAAGUGAACAGGUUAAUACAGUAGGUCGUUUCGAGGAAAAACGAAAAAUAAGUGAACAUAUAAAAGGCAUACUUCUAGAUGCUGGUUGGAAAAUUGAUCUGAGACCCAGGAAUGGCAGAAAUUAUUUGGAUUCUGUGUAUAUACCUCCUAGUGGUAAAGGAUCUUACUGGUCUGUCACAAAAGCAUAUUCUGUGUUUAUGCAAUCUCAGCAAAAGGAUGGAGCUAAAAGCCAGAGUUCACCAAAAAAAUCUGCGUGUAGCCCUGAUAAAAGUAGUUCUUUGCCAGAGGAGGACCUUAGCAAAUUAAAAAGAAUGGUCCUUAACAAGCGAAGGACCGAACCUGAGCUUCAGAAGUUAAGAAAGAAGAAACAUGGUUUGCUUAAAAAGUUCAAAAGUUCUAAGAGCAAGCCAAAGGAAAGGAAGAAUAAGAUUUCAAAGGAAAGAAAAAAGCGCGGUGGUUGUGCUCUACUUGCUCGUGGCUCAAACCAGGAGGCUGGAAGCAGCACCGAUGGUUUUGCUCCAUAUGAAUGGAAACGCUCAGUUUUCUCCUGGUUGAUUGAUCUGGACAUUCUAUCUGUCAAUGCAGGACUGAAAUGUAUGGAUGAAAGCUGCUCGAAAGUUUUGCUAGAGGGUCUAGUCACCAGGGAUGGAAUUCAAUGUAGGUGCUGUAGCAAGGACUUUGCACUACUUGAAUUUGUGGCUCAUGCUGGUGGUCAAGUGAGCAAACCGUACAGGAAUGUACUCGUCGAUGGGCUGGAUAAAGACCUUCUGCAUUGUCUCAUUAGUGCAUGGGACAAGCAGUCUGAUUCUGAAAGACAGUCUUUUUUCCCUGUUAGCACCGAGGGCGAUGAUCCUAAUGAUGACACAUGUGGUAUUUGUGGUGAUGGAGGCAAUUUGAUCUGCUGUGACGGGUGCCCCUCAACAUUCCACAUGAGUUGCCUAGAACUAGAGGAACUACCCUCUGAUGAUUGGCGUUGUGCAAAUUGCUGCUGUAAAUUUUGCCAGGAGCAUUCAAAUGACGAUGCUCCUGACAUUGCUGAAGUCGAUUCAUUAUGUACUUGUUCCCAGUGCGAGGAGAACUAUCACCCAGUUUGCUCUCCCGAGACUGAGAACCCAUCCAGUGUCCCCAGUCAGGCAGGAGAUUUAUUCUGCCAGCAAAGUUGCAGACUGCUAUUUGAGGAAUUGCAGAAUCUUCUUGCGGUCAAGAAGGAUCUGGAACCAGAGUUUGCGUGCAGAAUUAUUAAGUGCAUCCAUGAAGAUGUACCUGAAACAGCUCUUGCUUUGGAUGAAAGGGUUGAGUGUAACUCCAAGAUUGCAGUUGCUCUUUCAUUGAUGGAUGAGUGCUUUCUUCCUAUUAUUGACCAAAGGACUGGCAUCAACUUGAUACGUAAUGUUGUGUACAACUGCGGCUCAAAUUUUCUCCGGCUGGAUUUUCGUGGAUUCUACAUCUUUAUUUUGGAACGUGGAGAUGAAAUAGUAUCUGCAGCAUCAGUCAGGAUACAUGGGACCAAGUGUGCAGAGAUGCCAUUCAUCGGUACGCGGAAUAUGUAUCGACGCCAAGGGAUGUGCCGUCGACUUUUAGAUGGAAUCGAAAUGAUCCUGAGCUCUCUCAAAGUUCAGAAGUUAAUCAUUCCUGCUAUCAGUGAACUUGUGGACACCUGGACAUCUAAAUUUGGAUUUAGUCCACUAGAAGUUUCUGAGAAGCAAGAAGUCAAGUCUAUCAGCAUGUUAGUUUUUCCUGGUACAGGACUUCUUCAAAAGCCAUUGCUGAAGAAGUCUUCAAGUGAGGAACACCCAAGUUCUGAAGGAGUUGAUACUGGCUUGUCUGGAGACGAGUCCAGGAAAGCAUCUCAUGUGGUCCAUGAGGAUUCUCUUUGCAACAUUGCAAAUGUGGAAAGCCAAGGUUCCGAGGUCACGGAUCACGCGGAUAACAGCAAAGAUGCUGAUACUUGCAAAGAUUGAUGAGCCUUGCCUGCAGAGAUGUUUUUGGGUGUCGAGUCAAGACACAACCUGCUACAUGGAUGAAGCCAUUUAAUGAUUUUUUUUUUUAACUUAGCCUGCCAUGCAUCUGCUUCCAGAAAGUAAACCUUAAAGGUUGCUCUUUUGAAGAAAAGUGCCUCCUCAGCUGUUUUGCCCCAGAAUUUGAUGACUCAAUUGGCUGGUUGCCCAGGAUUUCCUGGCCAACAUGUGCAGUGUGCAGUAGUGAAAAAUGUUCACAGCGACUAUCUAACUUUGUCUGGUAACCUCAGAAGUCAGCAUGUAGAACGGGGAUGAUAGUUUUAUUUUCUGUAUUUCUUGGUCGUUAACCUUUAACCAAAGGCCAGUGGUGCCGCAAAAUCUUGGUGCAUGUUUAAUUCAUUGUUAAUAGCUUCGCAUUUACCAGCCCAUUUUUGCAACCAAAAUCUCAUACCUGUAAGAUACUAAUUUAUGGGCGAACGGCUGUCAUGCUGCAAGUAAAUCUGAAUUGAGCUUCCAACUCUGAAA